GCUACUUGUUGGCUCGCAAAUGAAGUUGUGUGAGAACUGAGAAGGGUACUUGGUGUGGUGGGUCUUCCUAAUCCAUUGAAGAUAAAUUAUUAAAAGAUGAAGUCUGCUCUUAUCUAAAUCACCCUUAUUUAUCCAGAUUAAGACAGUCUUUAGCUGAACAUAGGAAGCUGCAAAGUUUCCCUCUUUUGGGGCAGAGUCAAUUCAUCAAUUAGGAGUUGGAUGAGAGAAUGGAAGCCACAACAGAGCAGAACAAUUCAAAGGUGGUGCUGAUUGAUUCUUUGCAAUCUUGGGAGUUCCAUGUCAACCAGGCCUCCAAUCAGAAUAGUCCUGUUGUUGUUCACUUCACUGCUUCAUGGUGCAUGCCAUCGGUGGCUAUGACUCCUGUUUUUGAAGAACUGGCUUCAAGCUAUCCGGAUGUUCUGUUUCUCACUGUUGAUGUUGAUGAAGUCAAGGAGGUAGCCACCAAAAUGGAUGUAAAGGCAAUGCCAACAUUUUUGUUUCUGAAGGACUGUGCCGUGGUGGAGAAGGUGGUUGGUGCUAAUCCAGAAGAGAUAAAGAAAAGGAUAGAUGGGCUUGCUGAGUCCACUCGUGUCUCACUGGCGUAGUUAAGCAUCUGUAUGAUAUUCUACUGUUGCAAGUUGCGAGAUAUGUGCUUGUGGUCCUGCACUGCACUAUGUCAUCUGAGUCGAAGCUUUUUUGUAUGCUGAAUAUCAGUUCAAGUGUAAUUUCCAAUUUUCAUAAGCUCAAUGCUUUGGUUACUGAUUAAUAUCGGCAGUUUUUGUACCAGCCAAAAUUUUACAUUUCAUAGUUUUGGUUGCUGUGGAUUUAUGGUGCUCUUUCCCUGCUAGUUGUGAAUUCAAGGGUUAUGUCCUGCUGUCUUUCUAUUGGUUCUUUCGCAAAUGAAAUAUAUAUGUAUAUUUUCAAGAUAUCAUUGGCAUGAAACUGUGACUUAAUCAGUUGUGUGAGUAUAAUGUAUGAACUGGUUCGCGAAUGCACCAA